UCCUUCAUCAUCGCCGCCGUGGCCUCCAUCCUGUCAGGAGUUUGCUAUGCAGAGUUUGGCGUGCGGGUGCCCAAAACCACUGGCUCUGCCUACACUUACAGCUACGUGACCGUGGGGGAGUUUGUAGCAUUCUUCAUCGGCUGGAACCUCAUCCUGGAGUACCUGAUCGGCACAGCCGCUGGGGCCAGUGCACUGAGCAGCAUGUUCGACUCGCUGGCGAACCAUACCAUCAGCCGCUGGAUGAUUGACAGCGUUGGGACAUUAAAUGGCCUAGGGAAAGGAGAGGAGUCAUACCCUGACCUCCUUGCUCUGGUUAUUGCUGUCAUUGUCACCAUCAUUGUGGCCAUGGGCGUGAAGAACUCAGUCGGGCUCAACAACGUGCUCAACGUCAUUAACCUGGCAGUCUGGAUCUUCAUCAUGAUUGCUGGGCUCUUCUUUGUCAAAGGUGACAACUGGUCUGAAGGGCAAUUCCUGCCUUUUGGAUGGCCGGGGGUGCUGAAAGGAGCAGCAACGUGUUUCUAUGCCUUCAUUGGCUUUGACAUCAUUGCCACCACAGGAGAAGAAGCCAAGAGUCCCAACACCUCCAUCCCCUAUGCCAUCACAGCCUCGCUGGUCACGUGCUUGACCGCAUAUGUGUCUGUGAGCAUUAUCCUCACUCUGAUGGUGCCAUAUGAUGCCAUUGACACCGAAUCCCCUCUGAUGGAAAUGUUUGUGGCCCGUGGAUUCUACGCUGCUAAAUUCAUCGUUGCCAUCGGGUCUGUGGCAGGACUGACAGUGAGCUUGCUGGGUUCCCUUUUCCCAAUGCCGCGAGUCAUCUACGCCAUGGCCGGCGAUGGGCUGCUCUUCAGAUUUUUGUCCCACGUCAGUUCUUACACGGAAACUCCAGUAGUGGCUUGUAUUGUCUCAGGAUUUCUAGCAGCACUGCUCUCCUUGCUGGUCAGCCUGCGGGACCUCAUAGAAAUGAUGUCCAUCGGCACGCUCCUUGCCUACACACUGGUUUCCGUCUGCGUCCUGCUCCUCCGAUACCAGCCGGAGAGUGACAUUGAUGGUUUUGUCAAAUUCCUCUCUGAGGAGCACACCAAGAAGAAGGAGGGCAUCCUAGCCGACUGUGAGAAGGAAGUUUGCUCUCCAGGGAGUGAAGGAGAAGAGUUUACGGGUCCAUCAACCAACACGUGUGGGGCAAAAAAUCUGCCAUCACUGGGGGAUAAUGAGAUGUUAAUAGGAAAAUCCGAUAAAUCUACCUACAGUGUAAAUCACCCGAAUUAUGGCACAGUCGACAUGACCUCAGGAAUAGAGGCAGAUGAGUCCGAGAACAUCUACCUCAUCAAGCUGAAGAAGUUAAUUGGUCCACGCUACUACACAAUGCGGAUCCACCUCGGCCUGCCAGGGAAAAUGGACCGCCCGACUGCAGCCACCGGCCAUACAGUCACCACAUGCGUGCUCUUGCUCUUUGUCCUGAUGUUCAUCUUCUGCUCUUUCAUCAUUUUUGGUGCAGACUACAUCUACGAGCAGAGCUGGUGGGCUGUCCUUCUUGUGGUGCUGAUGAUCCUGCUCAUUGUUGUAUUGGUGUUUGUGAUCUUACAGCAGCCAGAAAACCCUAAAAAGCUGCCAUAUAUGGCACCUUGCCUCCCUUUCGUCCCUGCAUUUGCUAUGCUGGUGAAUAUCUAUCUCAUGCUGAAGCUCUCCACGGUCACAUGGAUCCGAUUUGCUGUCUGGUGUUUUGUGGGCUUGCUCAUUUACUUUGGCUAUGGCAUGUGGAACAGCACCCUGGAGAUCAGUGCCCGGGAAGAGGCACUUCAUCAGAGCACGUACCAGCGCUAUGACGUGGACGUCGACCCCUUCUCUGUGGAUGACGGCUUCUCCUACGCCAACGAGAGCGAGAACUACCAGGACUGGGGCCCUUCUGAGGACAAAGGCUUCUCUUACCAGCAAAUGGCAGGAGCAAAGGAAAGCCAUCGGACGAGUAGCAAAUCGAAAAGCAAAGGCAAACACAAACAGAAUUCAGAGGCCCUGAUCGCUAAUGACGAGUUAGACUACUCACCAGAGUAACCGAGACGGGAACCGGGCCGCCACGCUGCCCCUCACACCCUUCCCUUGAGCGACAAUGGAAAGGCUUCUCCAGCUCCCCUGUUCGAUCCCAUCCUCCCUAAAAUGUCAGGGCCCACAGCCACCACCCACUCCCAGUCACCUCCUGUCCUUUGGGACAAAGGUUCAUCCUAAACUCUGAGAUUGCUAUUUACCCUGAACAAGACAAACCUGAGGCCUGUUCAGAGUCCACCAGUCAGAUCCUGCUUUGGUGAACGUUACCAAGGGGGCCAGUGCUCAGCGUGACUGGCAGAUUCUCCGGUGUCUGCUAAACCCUCGGUCUGGCAGCACCGACAAGUGAAUUAAAUGAGAGAUGUGCCAAACUGGAAAGGCAUGUGAUAGGUGAAAGGAGUCACAUGAACAGCUAAGCUAGUGAGGGGAUAAGAUGUGCUUUCCACAGGGGAAAUUCACCCUAUGCCCGUGUCGGUGGGAAGCCACUGUUACGUAUUUGGCACUUUCUUAGAACAUAUAUUUUUUUCCUCCAGUCGCCUAGGAAAAAUAGCUUAGGUAGAACAAUAGAUUGGUAUGUAGGUAUUCAAGGGAAUCUCAGGAGUAGAUUAGAGCUGGAUCCAGGGAUCUUGGCACCAUCAUGUAACAUUUCCGUAGCCCGUUCCAGUACAAAGGCACUCCAUGCAAACACCGACACUGUUGAGAGGUCUCCGUCCCCAAGACCUUGAAUCUGCGUGUCCCAAAAACUGGAGCUAAAAACCAGUCUAUGUCUUGCUCCUCUUAGACAGCCUCAAUCAAAACUUGACAGCCCAGUGCAGCUGAAAAUCCCAAAUCUAAACUUUGGAAUCUGGGCCCAUUUCUGGUCAUAAUUAGGGUUUUGACCCUCUCUAGGCUUAACCUUCCUUGUGUAAAUGAUCAAUAAACAUCAGACUCCAUUUCUCUUAGUACCAUAGUUUUGAGGCUGGACUCCGUUUCCAUUAUUCUGUAUCUUGUAUUGAAUGACUAAUUCAUAAUUCAGUAAUUCUGGUGGCCGCAUCUCAGCUGCCAUCCUGGCUUUAGUUCUUCAGGGGAAGCAUCCAUGCUUCUCUGGAUGCUGCUCCCCACAUAGUAACAAAGUGAGUUCAUGCAGGUCGGUCCCAUCUUGGCAUUGCUGGGCUAUCCAUGUGGCGACGGUAGAGGACUAGGCUGCUGAAACCUCCAUCCCUGCUCCUAUCUCAGCUUUGUACUGUUUUCUCUGUUUCUGAUCAUGGCUUGGUGGAUGCAGUAUGAAAAAUACUGAAAUGCUGCUCGUUCUAUAAAAUUCUGUAUUUCAAUCUGAGACCAAAUGGAGUUCAUGGGUCGUAGGGCAGGGAUUGUUAGGAAAUGGACGUUUCUGAUUGAUAGUUAAAUCUUCUGGUACAACUGGACAACAGACCCAUCCUGCCUUCCUCCCUCCAGCAGAACUCAGUGUGCACACGAGUGCCCUACGGGAUGUCCAUAACAUCAGACCCAGUAACAGCACUUUGCCUUCUCCUCAAGAGAGAUCAUUAGCUAAAUGCUGGCAGGAAAUAUCCCGGAGUUAAAAACAGGCCAGUUCCGGGUGGCUUUCCUCCAACUAGCAGCUUAGACACCUAAUUUCAGGUGCCUUGUCGACUGCCCUGGACCACAUUGGUGUGUAGAUCCCCCCACACCGACCACUGAGCCUUGGACAAUAUCACCACAGCAAUGGCCCCAAUGCAGCCUCCCCAGGCUGGGGAGGAGGUUUCCCAGGCUCGGAGGCUCCCUCGAGCGGCUGGGGUGACAUUUCACCUUUGCUACCCCGGUGGGGACCCACGCAGCUCACCCUGCGCAGCCCGGCUGCCCCGCAGCAGACAAGGUGCCCUCCACACGUCCUCUCUAACCAGCAUGCAGAGCAGAGUCACCUGGCCUUGCCGAGAGACCGGUGCCGAGGAGAGGGGGCAGCCUGACCUUGUACCCAGAGGGAUUUAGGCGGCCAGGUCUCAGCUGCAGCAUCAGAUCUUGCUUUCAGUGAGGGUUUGAGACCCACGCCACAUGCAUCCCACUGCCCUUUCCUGCAGGACCACGUCAGGACCUGCAGGCCAGCUGAGCUCCCACCAGCCCAGCCUGUGGCACCUCAGCAGCCGGAGCUGGAGCAACUGUCCCACGGCAUCGAGCAGUUCGCCUCUGCCGGUGGGGCAGCUGGGACGUCGCUCAGCCCUUGUCACAGCUGCCGCCUGUCACAGCACCACAAAGCACCAAUGUCCUCGCCGAACAUUAGGACGCAAACAGCAUUCACUGCGGCACCGGCGCCUGGGAAGAACCAGCUCGCUGCGUCUCCCCUUACCAGACAUCAGCCAUGGCUCCCACCGCACCGCACCUCUGAAUAAUUGAUCAGCAGCCAGCACGCAGCGGGGCUAUUUCUGGAGCCCAUCACAGACAUGUCUAGGCGUAGGUUUAAAAUACUGCAGCGGAGGAACAUCUUUUUGAAUAAAAAACAACCUGGAGCGAGGAAGCACCAUAUCAGACAAGGACACCUCCCUGGCUCCUGAAGGCUGCAGGGCAAAACUCCUCCCCCAGAACUCAUCAGGGUAAACCCAGAAUAACUCCACAGUGUCACUGGUUUCUGUUGGAUUUACACCAGCGUGAUCAGGCCAAGACUUAGCCCCAGGCCUCCCGGGGCCACAGCUGGGGCUUAGCAAAAGGAAGACGACAGCAUGCGCCCUUGCGCCACUUGGCCAUCUAACCAGGAGACUGCUCAUGCAGCGCAACGAAAUGGUGACUGAAGCAAGACUUCUGCUGCGUGUAAGCAGUGCUGAGAACUGGUAACACUUCAGUACUCUGGACGAGCCUAGGCUCAGGCCCUGCAGACACAAAGCAGAGUCUGCCCUGGGCUGUCGAGGAGUGAUGAGGGCAGAUGGAGUUGUGCAGCCUGGUCGGGGUACGGAGAGCACCCUUCCGGUCCAUCCUCUUUCCAUCUCUCCCAAACCAACAAGGGCAGAGGCUGGCCGUGAUCAAGCCGUCCCGCUCAAGCCAUGGGACAUUUGGCCUCCAUGCAGGUUUUGGGCCCACAGCCAGGCUCUCCAGGUGCAGCCAUCACGUGGGGCCUGCCAGACCCCCUCCCGGCCUGCCAGCAGCAGGACAGCAGCGCAGCACGGGGCCCGGGGCAGGCUAGGAUGUGCCUUUGCGAAGGGACCUCGUACGCUCCACUGUGGCAUCCGCUCCUCGCAGCCACCCCUAUUACGCUUCUCCAAGCAGAAAUCGUGGGCUCCUCAGACUGAAAAGCAGCGUUUGCAAUGCGUAUACCUCUCCAGUUAAUUAGCUCGUGAGACCUCUCCAUGGGCUGAGCACCUCUAGCAAAUGUCACCUCUCACCUGCGCUUAGCUAUUCUCAUGAUAGAUGCCUUAGAAAUACCUAGGAGAGAUGGCACCUGGCAGGUCCAGCUUUUCGCUUUCGGGGAGAAAGACUGAUCCUACCAGCUGUUGUAUUAUGCUGUGUUCGAGGUAGUCCUCUUAGUCCUGCUUCUGCAAGGUAUUUAGGUUCUGCCUGCCCACAAACACAUGCCCAAGUACCCUGUUGAAUCACAGCUCGUUAGUCCUUUCGCAGCCUUAAUCUCUUGCUACAGAGUACUUACCAGCAUCUGCUGUCACAUCAGCUCUAAUUAUACUAUAGCGUUUGACGAGGACCUGGUUCCUUGCUCUUUGGCAUCUGUAGGCAUCUUCGCACCGCAUCAAUGCCUUGAGCCAGGCCCUUUGGCUGUUGCUAUCCUGCCGCCUCUCUCGGAGCACCCCUGUGGGUUCGCCUGUCCCUCCGACGGGCUGCGGUGGGUCCCACCCCACUGCCGAAAGCAGCUGCCCACACCAUGUCGCACCACCCAGGAGGCCUCACCGGUGGAGCUCCUCAGCUUUGGAGGACGGUCAGAUCCGGUUUGAAAUCUGGGUCUGGCCCACUUCUGUUUUAGAGAUCCUAGGCUUUCCCUUGGAGUAAACUUUGGGGUUUCGGUGGGCUUGGGCAAAAGCAGCAAAGGUGAAAACGCUCGAAGCGUCGGUCCCCUCCAGAGGGCUCUGUCCUUGGGGCCAGUUCAGACACCACGGGGCCAGGGAAGCCGGCAGCAGGUGCGAGCGCUGGCAUCGCUAAGACCCAAAUAUCCAGUGUUUCACCCCGGGACCCCUAAAAGGAGAUAUUGGUGCACUUGAUACGCUAAGAAAACGUAGGCAGAGAAGUAUCAUCUGUUUUUGGCUAACCUCAGUGGGUGUCACACGCAUAACCUUGCUGUAUGUACAGAGCCUGGCCCCCAAGCCCACCUCCCCAAAGGGCCCCGUGUGCUAUAUGGAUGGAGCAUAAAUACCUCAAAUCUUUUUGACCAGCUUAAGAUCUUUGUCCCUCCACAAAUUUAUUUCACUCGGUUGCAACCACUCAGCUGCAAGACCCAGCACUCCAGCGCCCUCCACGCAGAAGGGAAAUCGUGCUCUGGAUGACACCGGCUGUUAGAAAUUCAGCUUGUAAAUGACCUUUACUUCUCUCUGUUUGUUUGUUCUUUCUGAUGUAUAUCUUGCUUUUUUGCAGAUGGUACUUUCUGGUGUAACAAUUCUCUGCAGUUCUGGUAUGAAAUUGGUGUAUUUGUUUAAAAGUUUGUUUUGUUUUGUUUUGUUUUGUUUUGUUUGUGGUUUCCAAAACCCCAUUGGUGCACUGUACAAUGGGAUCUUGUGGUGUGUCAUGAAGAAAGAAAAAAAA